UUCUUCUUUUUUUUAUCUCUCCCUUUCUUUUGUUCCUCACUUUUUCUUAUUCUUCAUGUGAAUUUUAAAAAAGAGACUACAAUGUAUUCAAUGAAACAUAAGCAGUUUGGUAGAAUGCGUCCACUUGGUUUGCCUUUAAGUCCUUUGAAUGCUGGAUUUCUUCAAAGCCCACUUGAACAAAAGAUUCCAAUCCUUUGUGAUACUCUCUCAUUGAUUAAAAUACAGCAUCCAACAUUCACUGUUUGGCCAAGAUAUCCUGUCAAUGACUUCAUCUCCGAUCAGAUGAAACAAGUCGCUGCUGUUCCUUCGCCAUCAUCAUCAAGAUCUUUGAUUAUCCGUAGUCAAGUCAUGCAUUGUCCAAAAUUCAUUCUUCUCAUACCACUGGCCUUGACUUUCAUUCGUGUAACAUACCAUUAUGGAUCAGCCUCAUUAUCGCCUCAGAAGCGUCAUGCCACUUUUUUAUUCCAUAUGUUUGAAUAUCGUUGUGACUUGAAACAUCCGACUAUCAUGACCAUUCGACCUCUUCGCUUGAUUGAAUAUUUCGACAAUAAGCAAACUCAAUGUGUUGAUCAUAUUGAGUGUCAAGAAGAAGAGGAUUCUGGCUUUUAUUCGUCUUGCUCGGAAGACUCUCUUAUGGAAAAUCAUUCAGCCAUCUUGCCUAAAAAAGAGAGGUUCCUAUCUCCCGAGGAACUUGUACUAAUUGAAGAAGAUCUUGAAGAAAUACAAUAUCAAGCAUGUCAAGAAGAUCUAACUUGUUCUCAAGAAUUCGAAAUUGAUCUCUUGCAUCUUGUACAAGACACACUCAGUUAUAUUCAAGAAACAGGCGCUGUAUCAGAUCAAUUGAGCCAUCUCCAAACUAAAAUGUCUGAUUAUUAUGAUUGUAAAUAUAUGUAAAUUGGCUUAUAUACAAAUAAUUUAUUCAUGGCCUUGCAUUUGUUGAUAUUCUUUUUCUUUCUUUGAUUCUACUGCCACUCGUAAAAAUCCAUGCACUUUUUCUAUAGCAUCAAAACAGAGAUUAUGGCAUGAAAAAUACUAGGCCAAUGUGUUAAAUACCUACAAUAAGUCGCCUUUUUUUUUUUUUUUUUUUUUUUUUUUU